GGCCCUGGUGCCUGCGGAGGCCUGGUCUGAUGCCACGCAGCCUCUGGGAAAUGUCCGCGGUAAAGGCGGCAGCUCGUCGUCGAAACAGACUACAGUUUUUCGUUUUCUGGAGAGGGGCAAGGAUGACUUCAAGUCGCCGAUACCCGUGCCGUGGGUCCUGAUUGCCGUCUACUUGUGCGGCAACAAAACGUGCGCGAGCUCCGAGAGGACAUGGAGGAAAUGUACCAACGAGGAGCCGAGAACAAAAUCACCUUCGCGCCAGAAAAGACGGAAAUGAUCCACAUCACACGCAGCAGAACCGGCGGCAACCCAGACCUGCAAAUUAACGGCAGAACGAUCCAGCCCAUAACGGCCCGGCGGAAAUACCUACACAAAACACUGGUAAAUCCCCAGGCCUUUAAGCGGUUUGUGGCCGAUACCGACCACUCCACCCUCCCACCGCGUGAAUAACGCAUCUCACCCGCCUUAGCGGAUACCCCCUGCCCGCUGACGCGGGCACAUCAAGACGGCGCACGACGCCGGAGGCUGGUCACACCUCUGCAGGAAUAUAAGUUGCAGGGCCGCAGCAGGCGCCCAACCCCACACUGUCUCGGGCCCGGCCCGUGACAGUCGAUCCGCUUGAUAGACUCACGUAGACUAGAAUAGCGCGCCGUGAUGCCCACGCGCGGCUGCACGCACGGAGAACCGGCCUUGCUGGCGCUCCGUGCAGCCCGGCGUUAAUAAACACUACUACUACUACUACUACUACUACU